AUGCGUGUGCGUGCCAUCCACUUGAUAGACAUCGCCUACGGAGGGGAGAAGCAUCGUGCAAGCGCUGUGCGGGCGCAGCGGGUCUUUGCUGGAUGGUUCCAGGAAGGCGCCUGGGAUCGCGGUCUGCCCUGCCCGGUGCGCAGUUUUCUUUCUGCCGCCGAUUUCCAGAGCUGGGUGGCACAGACCGGUGAGGCAGCGGACGUCCUUAUGGAUUGCGACGCUGUCUCCGCCAGGAAGAAGAUCGACGUGGACAAGUUCCGUUUUUCUGUGCUGAGACCCGGCGGAGUCUGCUUGGUGCUCUCAAACCCUGCGAAGCGCAUCGCAAUCCAGAAGUCAUCGAGCAACGGCACCACCGGGCUUUGUGAAUUGGUGCAGCAAGUGUACCGACGAGGGGCUUGGCAUUCCAGGACCUCUGUCAGCAACGAUCGAUCUUGCAGCCGGAGGCAUGGGCCCUAA